AUGCCGGUACAUACUGGAGUGAGGCCGUUUGAAUGUAAGGUCUGUGGGAAAUCAUUUCGACAGGCUUCUACACUUUGUCGUCAUAAAAUUAUUCAUACAGAGCUUAAACCUCAUACGUGUACUACAUGUGGAAAGAGCUUCAAUCGGUCAUCCACCCUGAACACGCAUAUCCGAAUCCACCAAGAAAAUGUUGGCAUGACGUCCUAUCCAGUGGAAUUUGGCCGAUCUGACCGUAACAAAGAUUUAUACAUUCAGGGUUUCCAUCAAUCGUACAAUCUCGCAUUCCACAUGCAUACGCACACGACGGAAAAACCGUACCGAUGUUCGACGUGUAGCAAAGGAUUUUGUAGAAAUUUCGAUUUGAAAAAGCAUAUAAAACGAAUGCAUCGUGACACUAUUACUGAAUAA